CUUGCUCCUCCGUCCCCGUGACUCCUCUCCCCGCCUGCUGAAUAGCCCCCUCCCUCUCAGUCUAUUCCUUUCUCUCUCCCCUUACCCUAAUUUCUCCACCCUUGGAGGUCCUUCCCCCCCCCUCAGCCUUCACUUCCUAGCGUGUCAACAUGGGUCGCGUCCGCACAAAGACGGUGAAGCGCUCAGCGCGGCUGAUCAUCGAGAAGUACUACUCGCGCAUGACGCUCGACUUCCAGACGAACAAGAAGAUCUGCGAUGAGGUGGCCGUCAUCCCCACGAAGCGCCUCCGCAACAAGAUCGCGGGCUUCGCGACGCACCUGAUGAAGCGCAUUCAGAAGGGCCCCGUGCGCGGCAUCUCGCUGAAGCUGCAGGAGGAGGAGAGGGAGCGGCGCAUGGACUUCGUCCCUGACGAGUCCGCCAUCAAGACGGACGUCAUUGAGGUCGACCCUGUCACCCUGGACAUGCUCAAGGCCAUCAACAUGGCUACCCUUCCCGGUGUCACUCUGGUUCAGCCUCAAACUGGUGGUGGUGGCCCUGUUGGAGGCUACGGCGGAAGGUCAUAGAUUCUCGAAUCAGGCCCAGUCAAAGUUCAAUAUGGAGGAAAAACAGGGCCAACAGUCUACCUUGUAUUACAGGAGUCAGCAGCCAGCUAGAUAUUUGCCAUAGAAGCCGUGUACAGCAGGAUCUGCUGCUCAUUCAAUUCUUGUCAGUGGUUCUGCUUGGCUCAAUGUGCUGUUGUUUCUGGAUGAAGAGCAAAAUGCCUCAUUCGAGUGAGCUACAUUGGAGCUUUGUAACAAGUGGACGAAAUGUAGAAUCGAUAACCCUUGUUGAAUUUUGAAUGGUAAGUAAUUGACCGCGUGUAA